AUGAGGACUUUAUUACUUGUUCUGUCAUUUCUCGGUGUGCUUUCAAUCACGUAUGCAGGCCGCUGCUUCACAGAUGCUGAAUGUGGCACAGGAGAAUGCUGUUUUCGUCACGAGGGUCCAAUGAUUAUGAGCAAGCGACAAGAGUUAGCCAGUUUGAUAUCAUCAUCACAUGGUGUUUGUGAGAGAUAUCAGCUUGAAGGAGAAUACUGUAGUGUAUUUGACAAACUAAACGGUCAUUGCAGUUGUGGUGCUGGACUGAAAUGUGCAUUUGUUCCCGACUCCACAACGGUACAAACAAAGCGAUCAAUGAUAGCACCUUCUGUCCCAGGGUCCUACAGGUGCAUACCAAUAUUUUGAAUGUUAUGAAAAAAACUACUGUCAAAUAAAUAACACUGUGACA